UACAAUCCCUCUCUCUCUCUCUCUCUCAUGGCGAGAAAAUUAUGAUAGUUCAAAGUUGGAACAAAUCUGAUUAGAGACUUCUAAAAUAUACAGUUCCAAGGGCGCUCCUUCGUGGAACCUUCCUAUCCUACGCCUCGUGCCGCCCACUUAACGCCACCGUCUCUCUCUUUCUUUCUCUCUCUCUCUCUCUCCGCAGAAGAAGAGCAGGAUCGGCGUAUUGUUCUCAUCGAUCUAUCUAUCUAUCUUUAUAAUCUGCUGAGGUUUAAGCAUAUACGUACAUACAUACAUGAUUAUAUGUAUGUACGGAGUAAUCGGAUAGUUGUUCUGGAGGCUUUUGUCCGAACCGAAGCGGUGGAUCACUUGAACUAGCGCAGUCCUUUUGGAUCCAACGAGUUGCUGUGUUUCACAGUCAGUUCUGCUAAAAUUUGGGCAAGGGAAUGCAAAUGUUUUAGGAAAAUUGUUGUGAAGCAGCUAUGGUGAGAAGCAUGUGUGCUAUAUUUGGGAUGGGAGGUGAAGAGGAGAAGAUAGACCUUGAUUCUGAUGAAGAGAUCCCAUUUACCUCAUCACAAGCUACAAGUAAGGUACAUGGUUUUGAUUUUGAGGCGCCUCAUGUAGGCUCCCAUGCGAAGGUUUCCAAUUCAUGGCUUUUUAAGCAGACGCGGGCAACACCUCUCAGGAGUAUUUACAUCGUGUUGAUAAAAGCAAAGAUUAAUGUGUUGCUUCCAUUUGGUCCUCUGGCUAUAUUGCUGCACUAUCUUACUGGAAAACAUGGUUGGGUCUUCUUCUUCAGUUUAUUGGGCAUUACACCUUUAGCAGAGCGUCUGGGUUAUGCAACUGAGCAGCUAGCCUUCUAUAUAGGGCCAACAGUUGGGGGCCUUUUAAAUGCUACAUUUGGCAACGCAACAGAAAUGAUAAUUUCAAUAUAUGCAUUAAAGAAUGGGAUGAUCCGGGUAGUUCAGCAAUCAUUACUGGGCUCCAUCUUAUCAAAUAUGCUAUUAGUGCUUGGGUGUGCCUUCUUCACUGGCGGGAUUUUUCAUCACCAGAAAGUUCAGUCUUUCAAUAAGGCAGCCGCUGUGGUGAACUCAGGAUUGUUAUUGAUGGCUGUUAUGGGCAUAUUAUUUCCAGCAGUACUUCACUUCACACACUCAGAGGUGCAUUUUGGGAAGUCGGAAUUAUCACUUUCUAGAUUUAGCAGCUGUAUAAUGCUGGUGGCAUAUGCAAGCUACCUUUUCUUUCAGCUUAGAAGUCAACCCAAAUAUGACUCUAUUGAUGGAGGCCCUGUCAACGAGGAAAGGAAUGUUAUUGAAGAAGACUCUGAUGAAAUAGAGGUUCCGGAUAUUACUCAAUGGGAAGCUAUUGGGUGGCUUGCUAUUUUGACUUUGUGGGUGUCUGUACUAUCUGGAUACCUUGUUGAUGCUUUACAGGGAGCAUCUGACUCAUGGAACAUGCCUGUGGCUUUUAUUAGUGUCAUCCUGCUUCCAAUUGUGGGAAAUGCUGCGGAACAUGCAAGUGCUAUUAUGUUUGCCAUGAAGGAUAAGCUUGACAUUACCCUGGGUGUUGCUAUUGGAUCAUCUACACAGAUAUCUAUGUUUGUGAUUCCCUUCUGUGUAGUUGUUGGUUGGAUCAUGGGGCAGCCAAUGGACUUAAACUUUCAACUCUUUGAGACAGCUACACUCUUUAUCACAGUGUUGGUUGUGGCAUUUAUGCUGCAGGAAGGAACGUCAAACUAUUUCAAAGGCUUGAUGCUUAUUUUAUGUUAUCUCAUCGUGGCAGCCAGUUUCUUUGUACAUGUCGAUCCAAAAAGUGAUUCUAACUAAAACUAUCUUGGGAUGGAGAGUGGGCCCGCCAUUGACAGCAAUGUCAUGUUUGGUCUCCACAGCUAAGACCCUGCAGACGGUAUAUAUCUGAAGACUUCUGAACUAACAGCGGGGGGGGUGUAAGCUGUGUCUUUAGAUGAUGGAAUUGAGCAAUUAUUAUGUUCUCCCAGUAACUGUGUAAGAAGGCUGAGUGACUGAAAAUUACUUGGGCCUUCUGGUAAAAAAGAAAAAGGUUGAGGAAUGAAUUUUGUGUUCGGUGAUGAAGCAAGUAGGGCGUGCUUAAUUUCA